AUGGUAUUCUAUUAUGAAACGGGAGAAUUAGCAUAUUCUAAUAUUAUUCAACAGGUCAAACAAGAAAAAACACAAGAAAACGCGAUAAAAAACGGAAAAUGAGCAAGAAAAACGGAACGGAAAAGAAAAGAAAAAAAGCUGCGUCGUGUGGGCGGAGCCUUGGGUCUCACAGCGAAGUGACGCGUUUGCGCGGCGGUUUGAAUAAUAUUUUUUAUUUUUCUGUUUCUAGGUCGUUUUUCUUGGCGAUUACAAGCCAGAAAAUGUUGGCAACAAAGAAUGGAGAAAAGUAGAGCGAACAAAUGGUGAAAAUGAGUUGAUCCGAUGUAUUUUGGUGGAUGGCCGAAUGAUUGGCGCAUUAUUGAUUGGCGAAACAAAUUUGGAAGAGACAAUGGAGAAUAUGAUUUUGAAUGGGGUCGAUUUACGGGGCAUUGAGGAGACGUUUUUAGAGCCAAGCGUAGAAAUAGACGACUUUUUUGACUAG